UCUCUCAGUUUUUCUCUGAUUCUCUCUACCAUAGUGGAACAUAACCUAUGGAGCGUAUGGAGUACAGUCCUUUCUUAAUAUUUAUUUUAAACGAGAAUUGUGUGAGAGCUCCUAAAUUAUAUUAAGAAUUUAGUCGACUGUGUUUUUGUUACGAAAAAUAUUAUUACUUGACUUAAGGAUGAAAAAAGCUGAACGGAUAGAUUUAUCGAGUUCGGAAGAUGAAAUAUGUUCAAAUAAUCUAAAAGAAGCGAUCGAUCAACAAUUUUUAAAUGACAAUCUUUAUAUCACGAGGAAGACAGAAUUUGCUCCUGAAUCUAACUUAGAAACCAACAAAUCACAUGGAAAAUCUUUUAGAAUAAGCUCAAAGCAGGACCAAUUUACAAAUUUUGGUGUUACAGACACAUUCCAAAAUUUUAUUGCUAAGAAGUUAGAUGAAAUUUUGGAGAAGACUAUUAAAUUGAAGAAUAGCAAAAGUACUGAAUGUUUCAUGCAACAAAAACAGAAGCGAAACAAAAAUUCUGGAAUAAAACUCUUAAGUACAUCAAAAGAAUUUGUAACUACUAAAGAAAUCUCAAAAUUAUUUGCAAAGGACAAAAAGAAACUAAAAAGAUGUUCACAAAUUACAGAGGAUAGCACCUUAUCGAAAUUUCAAGAAGCUGCUAUUGAUCCAGAAUGUAUAUUGAGCAAAUCAGAUAUGAUAGUUUGGAACAGUGAAUAUUCAAAACCAGAAUUUCAAUAUAAGAAAUCAAAAGAUGAUAUUUUGAUUGAAGUAUAGCACUAAUUUUUUAUUUGUGAUUGUUUAGAUUGUAUAUACAUAACUGUGUGUAAAUAUUUCAUAUCGAU